UGAAAAACAUGCGUUUGCCCAAAACUUGUCCAAAAUUACUUCAGGUAUUUUAAUUUGGAUUUAUUUUUAAUUUUAAUUUAAUACAAUUUAAAUGUAUUUUAGUUGUUUUUUGUAUUCUAUUUUUUAGGUGGAGACUUGUACACUGCCUUCCGCCUGAAUGCAGCUGAGAUAGGCUCCAGCACCCCCGGCGAUAAGCGGUAGAAAUGGAUGGAUGUUCGUUCAAAAUCAUCCCUAAUUUUCUUUUCUGAUAACAGUGAAACAAUACCGCUGUUGAACGUGCAUGUCAGUUCUACCGCCCGCCACUAGGAGGCGCUGGAGCCCCGCCUCUGCUUUAAUGACGUCAUUUCACUUGCCGCAGAAGAAGCUUUCAUUUCCGCGACACGCUUGAGGACACCUUCGAGACGCCAGCAUGCAGGAGGAAAGUGUCCCAGCAAGAGAGCAGCAGUGCGCUAAGUGUGGAUCCACAUUCAGCCGGCCUCAGACAGACGUACCUGGCAGCGUGUCCAGGUGUCCUUCCUGCCCAACAGCCGCCGUCGUCGUCAACGGUGAGCCGGCGCAGAGGAGCGCCCCCCCGGACCCUCACAAAUGCUCCGUGUGCGGCAAGACCUUCAUCUCCGCGGCCAACCUGACCAGCCACCGGGCCACCCACAGGAAGGAGAAGAGGUUCAGGUGCAACACCUGUGGGAAGUCCUUCUACCAGCCCUCCCACCUCCUGGCUCACGAGGCCAUCCACCGAGGCGACCGGCCCUUUAAAUGCCCGGAGUGCGGCAAGACGUUCGGCCGAGCGUCGCACUUGAAGACGCAUCAGCGCCUUCACACGGGCGAGAAGCCCUUCAAGUGUUCCUUCUGCAACAAGGCCUUCGCGCAGAAGGCGGGGCUUCUCUCGCACAUCCGCAUCCACACGGGCGAGCAGGUCUUCAAGUGCGACGUGUGCGGCGAGACUUUCACCUCCCUGCCGCUGAUGCUCUCACACAAGGCCGAGGAGGCCGCUCAGCUGGGGAGAGCGCCGCCCCCACUGCCUGCACCGCCCGCACUGCCCCCGCCCACUCGGCCCGCCGACGCCGCCGACGACAUCAAGUGCGGCCUCUGCUGCCGCACCUUCAUACACUCCUCCUACAUCCGCCUGCGCGUGCACCUGCAGAAGGGGCUGCGGCCGUACCACUGCAAAGUCUGCAACAAGACCUUCGUCAAGAUGGAUACUUUCAUCAGCCACUGCGAGAAACACCUCAAGCAGAAAGGGGAGAAAAGCGAUGAAGAGAGCGUGGUCAAACCUCCCAUGUUCAUCCCUCUGUCCAAGCCGCCGCCGCCGCCGCCGGACGCUGCUCAGCCGCUGCCCGACUCUGACGUCGCCACUCACUUCAAGGCCAAAUCCAAGAGCUAAGUGUGAUCAAGUAUGUGAAGCACACACACAGCAUUUUUGGGGAUGUUUUAGUUUAACCCCAAACAUACGUGCACAGAAUACUCUGCCACGCACACACCGAGUUCUCACAUCCACGUCACAGUGAGUCGCAUUUUGCCACCAAGGCAAAAAAACACUAGCGGUGUAACGGUACACAAACAUUUUCAGUUCGGUACGGUUCGGUUCAUUUUUGCUACAGUAAGAAAACAACAAAAUAUUUUUUUGGGGUUAUUUAGUUACCAAAUUUGCAAAAAUUUCCACCAAAAAUAUUUUUCUUAGUGGAAUAUUUGAUGUGAAGUAAUCAGAACCUUGGAUAGGUCAAUAAUUCAUAAUAACAUUGAUUUUGAUUCAAUAUUAUGUUUUGAGCAAUGACAGCUUGAAAGAAAAAAAAACAGCUUUGUUUUAUUAGUCAACAUUGCAACUUUUUCUAAAUUCAAGCUUUUUUUAUUUCACUUUUGUUAUGUUUUUAUUUUAAUAGUAUUUUUCGAAUGUGCCGUGGGCCUUUAAAACAUGAGCUGUGGGCCGUGUCACGCCAUAUUUCUUCCCCCCUCAUUCCCCCAUUUACUUCUGGGGUCACGUUUCCUCUUUUAUGUCAGGAAUAUCCUCAAGUUAAUUUGUCCGAUUAAUACAGACGUUUUGUUAACACUAUAUUAUAAAGAAUAUAUAUGUAUUUUUUUUUAAACAAUUUAGAAACACAAGCUAUGGGAUGACGUGACCCCGGAAGUAAAUGGAGGGGGUUUGGCUUUUUUUUAUUUUUUAUAAUGUAGCGUUAACAAAACAUCUGUAUAUUUAUAAUAUAGCGUUAUAUUUUUAUAAUAUAGCGUUAUAUUUUUAUAAUAUAGCGUUUACAAAACAUCUGUAUUUUAAUAAUAUAGCGUUAUAUUUUUAUAAUAUAGCGUUAACAAAACGUUUGUUUUAAUCAGACAAAUUAACUUGAGGAUAUUCCUGACGUAAGAGCAAACAUGACCCCAGAAGUAAAUGGAGGGGAAGGCUUUAUUUAAAUUUUUAUAAUAUAGCGUUGACAAAACGUCUGUAUAUUUAUAAUAUAGUGUUAUAUUUUUAUCAUAUAGCGUUAACAAAACGUCUGUUUUAAUCAGACAAAUUAACUUGAGGAUAUUCCUGAUGUGAGAGGAAACAUGACCCCGGAAGUAAAUGGGGGGUUGAAGGUCUUUGUAGGGGGGAAGAAAUACGGCGUGACAGCCACAAAUGGCCUCCGGGGCACACUUUAGACACCCCUGUAUAGAUAAUAAAAAAUAAAAUCAGAUAAAUCAAUGGAUAAAAAGCAGAGCCUGGGAGACACAUGCGUGUUUAUCAUAACAUAUCAUAACUCUCUCGCUCACUGUCUCUGCUUCUCUCCACAAAUGCUGGUGCUGAAUUUGUUUUGUUUUUAACCUCUUCUUAACCCUGAACGUACAUUGAAAAUACACGCAACCAUAACUCAAAAUGCCGGACAUUUGAGGCAUUUAAGAAAAUGCCUCAAAUGUCCGGCAUUUUGAGUAUUGUUUACGCCAGUGGUCCCCAACCACCGGGCCGCAGAAGAAUUUUUUAUUCAUUUUUAUUAAAAAAAUUAAUAAAUUUUUUUAUUUUUAUUAAAUUAACAUUAAAAAAACACAAUAUACACUUACAAUUAGAUCACCAACCACAAAAACCUCCCUUUUUCAUGACAAAAACGUCCCUUUUUUAUGACAAAGAAGUAGAAAAAAAGGGCCGCGGGACAAACUAUUAAGCGUUGACCAGUCCGCGGAUACAAAAAGGUUGGGGACCACUGGAUAUGUCCUGUGGAAACUGGUUCGGUACACCUCCGCACCGAACCCAAACCCCCGUAGCGACAGGGUUCAAUACUAAUACACGUACCGUUACACCCCUACGAACCAUAGAAAUAAAAUCUGACUUUUUGAUUGCACAAACAUUCAAACAAAUCUUUGACACUAUUGCCUGGUGCGGCUAAAGACCGUGUUCACUUUUGGACUUCUUCAUUUCAACUCUGCAGGACGUCAUCCUAUAAUUUGCUAUAUCAUUUUCUUUAAGAUAUAUUAUAGAUAGUACUUUAUUGAUUCCUUCUGGAGAGUUCCCCCAUCCAUCCAUCCAUCCACUUUCUACUGCUUGUCUCUUUUGGAGUUUAAGGGGGAGGGGCUUGAGCUUAUCUCAGCUGCAUUCUGGCGGAAGGCAGGGUACACCCUGGACAAGUCGCCACCUCAUCAUAGGGCUAAGACACAUAGACAGACAACAUUCACACACUAGGGACCAUUUAGUGUUGCCAAUCAACCUAUCCCCAGGUGCAUGUCUUUGGAGGUGGGAGGAGCCUAUCCCCAGGUGCAUGUCUUUUUUGGGCGGAGGGAGGAACCCACAGGAAAAUUAAAAUUCCAGCGGCAGUGUACUUAAUUGAGAUCGAAUUUAAUAAAGAAAAUAAUAUGGGGUAUAAAUGGAAAUAAAAUAGAAAAUAUUACAAAAAGAAUAAAAAUAAAAAGCAACAGUAAGAAUAACAAUAUAACAGUCAAAAUAAGAAUACAACAAGAGAAACCAGACAGUAGUGAACAUGUUAUGAAAAAGUAUUGCACUUAGGGCGGGCGAUAUGGCCUUUUUUUAAUAUCUCAAUAUUUUUAAGUCAUAUCGCGAUACACGAUAUAUAUCUCCAUAUUUUGCCUUAGCCUUGAAUGAACACUUGAUGCAUAUAAUGACAGCAGUAUGAUGAUUCUAUGUGUCUACAUUAAAACAUUCUUCUUCAUACUGCAUUAAUAUAUGCUACUUUUAAACUUUCAUGCAGAGAGGGAAAUCACAACUAAAAGUGUAUUUAUUAAACAGUUAUUAAGCAGUGGCACAAACAUUAGAAAGUGCAAAAUUGUCAGAGACAAUUAAAUUAAAUAGUGUUUGUCCUUCGCUAUGUGGGAGGUUACUACAGACGUUAUUAAAUUCUGUUGACUAUUUUUUUCUUACGGUGUUGAUGUGGAAAUGGUUGCUUCGGCAUAUUGUGGGUGUGGCACCAAACAGAAAUGUUGACAUGCGGAGUUUCAAGCACUCUUCACUCUCUAGCGGGUAACUUUUCAAAUGAUGCUACAUAUUAGCAGUAAAGCUACUUUUUGUAACAACGUUUUUGCCCCAUACUACAGUUGUCCGUUCCACAUAUUCCCGCUUGAAGCCAAACCACCGCCAGACGAUGUUUUUCUUGGGAAUUAAUUAUUCCUUCAUUUGUUACCAGAUUGGCACCUUCUUUCUCUCGUUUUACCACUCGCACGGCUACGCUAGCAUCACAGCUAACGUGACCCAUGCUGCUACCCCUCUGCUCCACGAGAGCGUAUACGUAUGUGACGUAUGUAAGAAGAAAGAGCGGGAAAAGCCUGUAGUGUAAUGCCCGCAGCUAAAAGCAACUGCGUGAGAACGUAUACUGGAAUAUCACGAUAUAGUCAUUUUCUAUAUCGCACAGAGAUAAACCCGCAAUAUAUCGCUCAGCCCUAAUUGCACUGUUAUUGUUUUUCACCCCCUGUCAUCCUAGUACGCCCCCCCACACC